AUGGCCGUCUCGCCGGCUUUGGCCGCUCCGCCUCAGGCUCCUCUCUCGCUACAAGAUCAGGUCGUAGCUGGAGGCGGUGUCCCAGAUAUCCCGCCACCUCCUUCUCCUCUCACAAAGUCAGAAGCGCAGAAUAUUCAGUUGGCCAAUUUCCUCGAAAACCUUGAAGUGAACUUCUUUUCACAGGGUCUAGCAAAUAUCACCUCAUGGGGCGUUGGAGAUUAUCCAUUCAACAUCGUUGAUAUUGUCACGAAGAUUGUCGCGCAAGAGAAGGUCCAUGUUGCAACUUUUGAAGACUUAUUGCUGCAGUUUGGAUACGAAACAGUCCCUCCUUGCAAAUACAGCUUCCCUGUGAGUAAUACAGAGGAGUUUUUGGCGCUCUCAAAUCUCAUCACUUCGGUUGGCAUCGGAGCGGUAAUAGACCUGGGACAAGCUCUAGCUAACUCCAACCCAUACUUGGUUGCCGCUAUGGAGAGUGUCGUGGGUGUUGAGUGCCGCCACGAUGCCUUCUUCCGGCUUACUCACAACGAAGUCCCGAACCCUUUCCCUUUCGAUACUCAAAUCCCCGGACUCUGGGCUUUCAACCUGGCGCAUCCCUUUGUUAUCCCUGGAUCAUGCCCCACAGAUCUCCCUUUAAAAGUUCUUCCCGCAUUGAAUGUCGUCCCGGCCGGUCCACCGGCCUUUGCGCCCCAAGACAGGCCCACCGAGAUUGAGUUUACAUUCGAUCAACCUGACACGCCUGGUGCGAGCAACGGCGGCGAAACACUCUACAUUGCUUGGGUCAAUCAGGUUCGUGUGCCUCAAUACACACAACUCAUGCGGACCGGCAACGGCAUGGGAACUGCAUCUCUUCCAAGUCGUCUAAGCGGAGUCGUUUUCGCAGCUCUGACGAGCACAACCGAUCCUGAUAACCUUGCCGCUCUCGCCAAUGCUACCUUGGCUGGGCCAGUUAUCAUUCCCGUCUCUUAA